GCGUCUCGUGACAUUUCGGGUUAGUGUUAGUUAUUAAAGUAACUCGUAAAGAAAAACUAGCUGUAAACCCUGGUUUGAGUUUAGGGAAGUGUUAGGUAAUUAGUCAGGUCUUCCUUUGUGAGGUGUUGUGUGUAUGUUUGUUGCAUAUCCUGGAGGCCAAAUGCUAAAUUUGGACCGAGCUGUGAGCGCUUUGGCAUGCUAACGGGUUCUCCACGGAGUUAGGGUGCGUGUCAAAUCGGUACCUAGCUUCCUAUCUUCUAUCUAUAGGGGAAAUCUUCUAUCUAUGAUUCAUAAAACAUUUGCUAAAGGUGUAAAUAUUGAAGUGACAGUCAGUCUACGGUUUAGGAAGAAGGAGUUUCGAAGUGCAAAAGUGAACGUUGAGUACUGAUUAUUAAGUUAAUUCCACGUAUUUUAGAGACGCGUGCACAGCAAACCGAUUUGAAACGCACGCAAUUAGUGAUCUUUACAGGCUUCUUAAAGGUUCAUGGUUCCCACGCCGAAAAUAGGCGACGCACCCGUUACGUGCACGAGCGCACUCAAUCACACACACGCCGUCAGUCUCCGUUGUCAUCUUUUCAUUAUAUACACAGACUUAGGCUCACGAGCAUGCGCAAAGCGCGCACACGGGCGCACGCGCGACCCAGCACUAUGGAGUCUUUAACGCAGGAGGUUUGUCCGAACCCUCAUGCCAUGAAUAAUUCAGCAGUCGACUCAGGAGCUGAAGCCUACCUAGAGUUUAUGAAGAAGUACAGCUGUUACGAUGCCAUUCCCACCAGCUGUAAGCUUGUUAUUUUCGACACGGCUCUGCAGGUAAAGAAAGCCUUUUUUGCAUUAGUGGCAAAUGGUUUACGAGCAGCGCCGCUGUGGGACAGCAAACUGCAGAGAUUUGUGGGUAUGCUGACCAUCACAGACUUCAUCAACAUUCUCCAUCGCUACUAUAAAUCCCCCAUGGUUCAAAUUUACGAGCUGGAGGAUCACAAGAUUCAGACAUGGAGAGGUGAUUCCUUUCAAAACGUUUACCUGCAGUACUAUAAUCAAAGCCUCAUCAGCAUCGCACCUGAAGCGAGCCUUUUCGAUGCCGUUUAUUCCUUACUGAAGCACAAAAUCCACCGUCUGCCCGUCAUCGACCCUGACUCUGGGAACGUCCUCCACAUUUUAACCCACAAGCGAAUUCUCAAAUUCCUCUAUAUAUUUAGGUCCACGAUCCCAACACCACGAUUUUUGCAGAGGAAAAUUGAAGAAGCGGGAGUCGGGACGUUCCGAGACAUCGCCACCAUACAGCAGACGGCCACCGUGUACGACGCUCUGUCCAUAUUCGCGGAGAGAAGAGUAUCUGCUCUGCCAGUGGUGGAUGAAAAUGGUAAGGUAGUGGCUCUUUACUCAAGAUUUGACGUGAUAAAUCUGGCUGCACAGAAAACCUACAACAACCUGAGCAUUAGCAUGAAGGAGGCGUUGAGGAGGCGGUGCUGUUUUGUGGAGGGAGUUAUUAAGUGUUAUCCUGACGAAACCCUGGAGACCGCUGUCGACCGAAUCGCCCAGGCAGAGGUUCACAGGCUGGUUCUGGUGGACCGACAUGAUGACAUGGUGCGAGGCAUCAUCUCCCUCUCAGAUCUUCUCCAGGCCAUGAUUUUAUCUCCAGCGGGGAUCGACGCUCUGCUCGCAUAGCUGUAACGGGACGAAUCCACGCCUCAUCCUGCGCUCACUCACUUCCACCUCCUUCUCCAUCACGGGCCACAGGUAACAGAUAUUGCCAUGUGAUGGGACAUGAUGCACACACACACACACACACUCUACAUGGACAGAAGAACUUCCAACAGCUGCGAAACUGUUGUUUUUGUUGUGUUGUUUUGUUUGUUGUAAAUAAUUUUUUUGUACGGUUUCUGUCUUACACAGAGGAAAUUAAACAGCAGCUUUACUGAAAACUAAAAUA